CAAUACUCACUGGAUAUACGAUGUUUUUCUGAAUUUUAGAGGAGAUGACACGCGAAGAGGCUUUACAGAUCAUCUUUAUGCUGCUCUGGACAGGUUCAGUGUUUACACAUUCAAGGAUGAUGAAGAGCUCCGCAAAGGGGGCUACUUGCCCACUGAGCUCUUGGAGGCGAUUGAGGGGUCCAAGAUUUCCAUUCUCGUAAUCUCGAAAACUUAUGCCUCCUCCAGUUGGUGUCUAGACGAGCUCGUGAAGAUCUUGGAAUGCAAGGAGAUGUUGAACCAGCUGGUGGUUCUUCCCAUAUUCUACCAUGUUGAUCCUUCCCAGGUACGCAAACAAACAGGCGAUUUUGGCUAUGCAUUCACUCAACACAGAGAACGAUUUGGUGCAGAUAGAGUUGGUGCGUGGAAAGCUGCACUCACUAAGAUUGCAGGUUUUAUUGGUUGGCAUUUGAAAGAAGUUGGAGACCGGUCUGAAUCAGAUUAUAUCAAUGAAGUUGUGGAGGUGGUCCAACAAGAAUUGAACCAUACAUACUUGGAUGUUGCUAGACACCCAGUUGGAAUUGAUGCUCGUGUGGCCGAAAUACAUGCUUUAUUACAAAGUGGAGGAAAGGAUGAUGUUCGUAUCAUUGGGAUUUAUGGCAUGGGUGGUGUAGGCAAAACAACCCUUGCAAAAGCUCUAUUUAACAAAAUUUAUAGAAUGUUCCAAGGUUGUAGCUUUCUUGCUGAUGUUAGAUCAAAAGGUUUAGACCGCUUACAAGAGAAACUUCUUCGUGAAACUCUCAGCACAAAGAAAUUUGAAGUUGACAAUGUUCAUAGGGGAAUUAGUUUGGUCAAACAAAGACUUGGAUUUAAAAAGCUUCUAGUAGUUGUUGAUGAUGUAAACCAUUUGAGUCAAUUGGAAGCAUUAGUCAGAGAGCCAAAUUGGUUUGGUCCAGGCAGCGUAAUUAUAAUUACAACUAGAGAUGUUCACUUGCUAAAUUGCCUUGGAAUAGAAGAAAUGUAUGAAGUUAAAAGGUUAAGUACCUGGGAAUCUUUGCAAGUCUUUAGUUUGCAUGCAUUUGGGAAUCCAGUCCCGUUGGCGGCAUAUGCAGAACUGACAGAUAUGAUAGUAAGUUAUUCUUUGGGACUUCCUUUGGCACUUACAGUUCUAGGUUCACAUUUUCGUGGAAGAAAGUCAAUUCAAGAAUGGCAAGAUGACUUUAAGAAAUUAUCAAGGAUUCCUCAUGAUGAUAUUUUGAAGAUUCUCAAAAUUAGUUAUGACGCACUCGACGAUGAUACUCAAAACAUCUUCUUAGAUAUUGCAUGCUUUUUAAUAGUUGGAUUCUCUAAAGAAACCGCUGUUGCGCUGUUGAAUGGUAGUGGUUUCUGUGCUGAAAGUGGAAUUAGAAUUUUAAUUGAUAAAUGCUUGUUAGCAGAGGAUCUUUCUAUGCAUGCCUUAGUCCGGGAUAUGGGAAGAGAAAUUGUUCGCAAGGAAUCACCUACACAGCCUGGAAAGAAAAGCAGAUUGAUUUUCACUGAUGAUGUAUGUGAUGUUCUCAAGGACAACAAGGGUACUGAAGCAAUUGAAACGAUGAUCAUAGAUUUGCCAGAGAAUGUGAUUUUGGAUGCUGAGGUGUUCUCUAAAAUGACCAGAUUAAGGUUACUCAAAAUCUUAUCCAUGAAUGUUAGGGGAUCUUUAAAAUACUUGUCUAAAGAUCUCAGAUUGCUUUAUUGGGAAAAUUGCCCUUUGAGAUGCAUAUCAUUUGAUCUUUGCUUGACAAAACUUGUCAUUUUAAAAAUAAAAGGAGGCAAUAUUGAGAAAUUUCAACCUAAUUUGCAGGAUUUUGGAUGCUUGGAGGUCUUAGAGCUUGUUGGUUGCAAGAAGCUUAAAAGAGCCCCAAACUUUACUGGAGCACGUAAUCUAAAGACAUUGUCCCUCUAUGGUUGUCCCUUGCUGGAAAUUGUACAAGAUCUUCCACUUAGCCUAGUGAAACUGUCCACACGUUAUUGUCCAUUGCUGGAAAAUGUACAGGAUCUAUCUGGCUUAUUAGAACUACAUGAAUUGUAUCUUUAUGAGUGCAGUAAUUUGAUUGAGCUUCGAGGUGUGGAGAGUCUGGUUAAUUUAGAGCGCAUUGACAUAAAUGGUUGCAGCACUCUGAGCAGUAAAUCUUGGUGUGUGAAGUUGUUCAAGGCACUUCUUCAAAACCCAAACCAUCAACAGUUUAGAAUGUGGGUUUCAAAUGACAUGGUUUCAAAAGACUUGUGCAGCAACGAAGUAGUUGGAGUUGGAUGUUCAUCAAAUUACAGUUUGCCAUUGUUUUUGAAGAAAAAAGGGAUAUUUGUUGGUGUGAAUGUUUACGGUCGUAUUGAUUCACAACACGAAAUGAAUGGAAGGACAGAGCUGAUAGCUCCACAUAAUGAUGUGUCUUUGGAGUGCAGAGUAUAUGAUCUUUUGACAGAACCCAAUAAAUUCAGAGAAGUAGAGGAGCUUAUAGAGUUUUAUUCAUCGCCUGUGAAAACAAGGGAACUCAAUAGCCUUCUUCAAACAUAUGUAGCAUAUGAAGAAGAUGAUGAUGGUGGGGUAUACUUCAUUCCUAUCAACCCAAAGGUGGUGAUGAAAUUCGAGGCUGAAUGUAGAGAUGGUGAGAGUAGAGAGCAGCAGAAUGAAGAAGGGAGUAGCAGUAGCAUAUGGGAUGUUGUAUUUGGAUGUGUUGGUUUUUGUGACACACACAAUUAGCAAUUAGGUAGGGGCACUCUUUAGGAGUUUAGGCAAAUCAAACUUCACCUUUCUCGGGUAACCCCAGCCAAGUUGAUCUGGAUAUUGACUUGACAACCACAAAGUUACAAGUUUGACUUUC